AUGGGAUCCAUCUUUUCAUGCCUUGCAUCCACCUGCAUCUAUCUCGGCGAGUUUCUCGAGAACGUCUUCCUGGCUCUUGGAGAGAUUGGCGCAGUGCUCGUACGAGCCAUCAUCGGAAUUGUGGUCAGUCUGUGCGAUUUGCUGGCAGCCAUCAGCUGCUGCUACCGAGUACCCUGGUCUGAACGUCCAGAUCGGUCGUUCUAUGCCUACACCACCAACGCAGCGGCCGUCAACACCAACGGUAACAGUACACUUGCUACUGUUGGCGGCAAACAAGUGCUAUCCAGUGUCUUUACCAAGCAGGGCAGGGAGCAAAGAAAGCAGAUGAAUGCCGCUAGGAAAAAAGCCGCAGCUCUCAAGGCCGAGGAGGUAGCUACCGCUCAGAGCGUCAACGAGCAGGCUACCAAGGCGGAACAGGAAAAGUCUGGCGCUAUCGUCAGGGUAUAG